AUAAUGGGCGUACCGGGUUUCUUUAAGUGGUUAUCUUUGCGUUAUCCUCAUAUUAUAGAAACAGUCAAAAAACCACCUCGCAGCAAAACAGAUUUUUUAUAUUUAGAUAUCAAUGCUUUAUUUCAUGUUGCAACUCGUAAUAAAGCCAGCUCUAAAAAAAAACAUCGGACCCCACGUAGAGUAUUAUCAAAAGUAUUUAAAGAAAUGGACGCUGCGUUCAACAUUUGUGAACCACAAGUAUUAGUAUAUAUAGCAAUGGAUGGUGUUGCUCCUAGAGCGAAAAUGAAUGAACAAAGGUCAAGAAGAUAUUUGGCUCAAGAUAAUCAUAAAUCAAUUCUACCUUCUAGUCCAAGCAAUACUUCUAUUUCAGGCAAUAUUUCAUCAAGUGAAUCUUCAGAUGAUGCUUCAAAAAAUGAAAAAGAUGGAAAAGAUUCAGGAUUUUUUGUUCCAGUUGAUUCCGUUUCUAUAUCAGCGGGAACAUCUUUUAUGCAAGCGGCGAAUGAUGCAAUUAGAUAUUACAUUUAUCAACGUUUAAAUGGUAGAGCAAGAAACCUUCAAAUAAUAUUCAACGAUUCGAGUGUAGCAGGUGAAGGUGAACACAAAAUAUUUCGAUUUUUAAAUACACAACGUAAACAUCCAGGCUAUAAUUCGAAAUUCAAACAUACGGUUUGUGGGGGAGAUGCUGACUUCAUCAUGUACGCUUUGUUAACACAUGAACCUAACCUGCGCAUUUUACGACCCGGAGUUGACGGCAAAGAUGUUGUGCUUAACAUAAGUAAACUUCGUAAACAUAUUGUACAUGAUAUGGUAGUACCUCAAUUAAAUAAAGUGAUUAACGAGGAGAAUAUAAUCGAAGAUUUUGUAUGUAUCGUAAACUUACUUGGGAAUGAUUUUUUACCAAGAGUAACUUAUCUACGUGAAACAGGAGUGGAUCUCUUAUUCAAAGCAUACAGAAAUUAUUUCAAUGAAUCUCGUACUUAUAUUAUCAACAAAGGAGGUUUUAUUAACAUGGACCGAUUUCUCAGGUUUAUCAAGUUUUUAGAAGAUGUGAUAUUUGGUCGUCGCAUGUCAAAUUUGAGUUUUACUUCAAUAGGAAACAUUAACGAAGCUGCGAUCAGAGCUAAUGAUUAUGUAAAGACGAUUUGUUGGAUUUUACAAUAUUAUUCUGGUGAAUGCCCAAGUUGGAGAUUCUAUUAUCCUCAUCAUAAACCGCCAUCUAUUCAUGAUAUAUUGAAUCAUGUAAAAGCAGAAAAUUUCGACCAAACUUUUACUAAGGACACUCCAAUGCGACCAUUUGAGCAAUUAAUGAGUAUUAUACCUCCAGUAUGUCAUUAUCUUUUGCCCGAGCCUUUCCGUGAUUUACUUACAGACCCAAAGUCACCAAUUGUAAAAUAUUAUCCAAGAGAAUAUAGUUGUUCAAACUCUAAAGCUGUCUUGCCGUUUAUCGAUGAGAAGGUUUUAUCAGAAACAAUGGCACCACGAUAUUCUUUACUAAGUCCUGAAGACGAACGUAGAAAUAAUGUCAAUGGAAACAUACAAAUUUAUGCAGGUCGAAACUCAUCAUCCUAUUCAAUAAUCUAUUCUCUUUGUACGGCGAGAGGUGGAAAAUUCGUUUUUCCUGCGGACUCGAAAUUCUAUGGGCAAUUAUUUUAUGAUGGACAAAUGCGGAUAUCAAUUGACUCGCCUAUUAACGAAUGGAGCAAAAUUUAUCGUAAUUCAGUAGUUAAUGCUGAGUACAAGUUGCCAUGUGUCCCUGACAACUUGUCGAAAUUACAGCUUCUUCUUAAUAUUACUGCAACGCUAUCUUCAUCCAAUAAAAAUGAGGCGCUUUUUAAUUAUCAACCUUCUUCAUCAUCGUGUUCUAAUAAGAAUGAGCAAAAAUCUAAAAUUAUUCCAAACUCAAACUUGAUAAAGGACAAUAGGAAUAUGUAUGAGGGAUACUCAGAAUACCAAUCAAAUGCAAGUACUGGGUAUUUAACAAAUCAAUCGAAUGUGGAAACUUCAGUACAGCUGAGACCUACUUCUGUCAAUUUGACAAAUUUGACAUCUCAAUCUCGAAAUUAUGGAACAACAACAAAUUUACGUCAUAACAAAUCAAAGAUAGACCAAUUAUUUUCAGACAGUUAUACUAAUGGUCAAUACAGAAGAAGCGUGGCACCUCAAGCAAAAGUUCAAAAUAAUGUUAGAUAUUCUGCUAAUCGAAAUCAAACGAUUUCGACAUAUAAUAAUCAAAAUAUCAGACAAGAAGGACAAUUUAAUUCUUUCAAUACUGUAAAUAAUGGUAAUAUAAAUUAUUCCCGGAAAUAUUAAAUAAAUGAUAUUUACAAUUUAGUUAUUAAAUUAUUCAA